AUGACCGCCAAUGGCGAUUUCUGCAAUGAGAAAGGUCCUAACGCCAAUGACGGUUGCUGCGAUUCCAAAGGCGAUAGCCCCAAAAGCGGUAGCACCAAAGACGAUGACGCCAAACUUUACGCCUUCAACUUCUCCAAAACCACAUACACCCUCACCACCAGCCUCCUAAUCACCAUCUCCUCAGUCACCGACGCUGACAAAACCGCUUUAAACUUGGACAAAAUUCAAGUCUACGCCUCUUACAGGAACCAACAGAUCACACCACCAACAGUGCUUCCUCCGUUGUACCUAGGCAACAAGCCGGACAACACCAUUUGGUCUCCUUACCUCAACGGAACUCAAGUCCCCGUGAAGAACCCUGAUCUUGUUGUGUCUUUGGUCCAAGACGUGACAGCUGGGACGGUGUUGAUUCAUGUUAAACUCACGGGACGUUUAAGAUCAAAAUCUGGAUAUAUUCGAUUUCGACAUCUGGUGAAAGUAAAGUGCCCUGCGUAUAUUGUGUUUGGCAACGCGAAUAAUAGUAACAUCAUCGGUUCGAUCGAUAAGCAACCGUUUGAUAAAGGGUGUGAUGUUGACGUUUAGAAGAGAAUGGAUGGAAAAUCAUGACCAAGGGGC